AACACAUAGUACAAACAAAAAAAAGUGUACAACACAAUGACCUUAUCAUCUCCGAAGCCGCCGAGCCAGGAUGCCAGGAAGAGGAAAAGGAGGCAAGGGUUUGGGAAAGGGAGGAGCGAAGCGACACCGUAAGGUUCUGAGGAACAACAUCCAAGGGAUCACAAAACCUGCGAUUCGGCGUCUCGCGAGGCGUGGCGGCGUUAAGCGAAUCAGCGGCCUCAUCUACGAGGAGACACGUGGCAUCCUCAAGAUAUUCCUCGAAAACGUGAUUCGUGAUGCUGUAACCUACACCGAACACGCUCGCCGCAAGAUUGUCAUUGCUAUGGACGUUGUUUACGCCCUCAAGAGACAGGGCAAAACCCUCUAUGGUUUCGGUGGUUAGUUUGGAAAAUUAACAAGUGUCUUGCUCUUGUUAGUACUUUGAACGUUUCGAAUUUGUUGAUAUCAAAUCAAAUGUUGCUGGAUGGAUCUUCACGAUGUAAUGGUUGUUGUUGUUGUUGUUGUUUGAUCCUAUAGCUUAUUGUUGUUUACUUUCUCUUCUUUCUCAGCUGAUUUAUUUUUCUUGAAACUUCGCGUAUUAUUAACUUGUUACACCUUUUGAAUGAUGUG